ACACGAUGCGUCUAGCAACGCGCACGUCGCUCGUUGAGUUUCGCUCGAUCCUUCUACCGCCAAUUCGCAUUCCGGUUCGCGCUCUCGGAGCGUUGUAUCGCCCACAAUGCUCACGGCCGGCUCCUGGUUGCGCUCCUCUGCAAUGCCUAACGCAGCGUCGGGGUAUGAACCUCUACAAGACGGCCAAAUCCAAGACACUGCUGGGACAGCACAAAUCCUUGACUUUCUCGCCGUAUCAGAUAGAGCCUCCAAGUGCAUCGUCGCACCGUAUCAACCUCUUUGAAACGGAUAAGCACCAUUCCAAGUAUCAACUGAUAGCGGAGGAUGUGUCAUUUCAAGAGGCAUACGAUAGUUAUGUCAAGCCAGGGCACAUGAUUUACUGCAUGAAGGAGUUGAAAAAGGGAAUGGCAAAGACCUUUGCGACCGAGGAAAAGGAACAUCUGUUGGAUGAAUACAAGAACUUCUCGUUUGUGGAGGCGAAAUCGCACCGGAUUCCAUUGAACAGUCCCCAGAAAGGACGACAACUUGGAGGACUGAAGAACAUUAUUUUCAAUGAGUCGAGUCCAGUCUCGCAUUACCGGCUGUCAAUGGACCGGGCCUACCAAUUCAUCGAGUUGGGCUCACCUGUCGAGUUUCGUAUUCGAUUACAGGGCAGUGUAGCCAAAGAACAAAGGCUCAUGCCCGGCGACCCGACCAUCUGGCCAUGGAUGCAUGCUCACUUUCCCCACUUGCGACCGGAUUUUAUCUUAAAAGAGAUGCCCGAAGGAACCACAUUUCUCAUCAACCCCGUCAGCGACGGGCGGGUUUGCCAGUGGGUCUUGGCCAAACCAACGACUGUAUCUAGCACCCAAGACCUGGAUAAGCGAUUUGAAAAGGUUCAGAAAGGCGUGGUACAAUCAAUCAGGAAGGGGCAGCAGGAGAUGCUGCCACAGCAAAUGCGGCUUCAAUUGGCUGAGAGUGGAAACGAGAAUUACUCACCCAAUACGGGUAUGCCGAGAUCAAAGGCAAAGGCAAAAUAUGGCAAGGGUGGAAAUGUCACAUAUGGGGCUGAGGAGAAGAAGCAUAUGGCCAAGGACGCAGAGACGUAUAGGUUCCUGCAGACUGAUGUAGACAAGAAACAAAGAGCAGAGGACAAGGGGGCAGUGGAAGAGGAGGAUGAGGAUGAGGACGAGGAUGAGUUCAGGCGCAGGCACAGAUACAAGAACAGACCGCCGCCGGAGCGCAAACAUCCAUGGCUAGGACGAGGCAGCAGGCGGUGAAGGGGGCGGGGUCAAAUGUGCAGUUCAGUGUAUUGUAUUGUAUAAACAAGGCUGGCGACGUGGUGACUCAAUAGAUGGAUAGAGAGAUACGUGUACAACAAGAAAGGGUUUCAGCGAUGGCAGGUGUGCUUGGCGCAGUGGUUAGGGCUGACUAGGCUAGGGAGCUCGACCAGGGAAACAGAAACGGCCGGGGCGCAUCCCGAGCCACAACCCAGGUUAGGCCCUACCCUGGACUACUCGCACCCAACUAAGUCUCGACGCCCUUGUCUCCCUUUGCGGCCGUGUGCAGUGCUUCAGAUGGAUGCC